AUGCCUAAAGUCCUGGGCAUAGACCUUGGCACAACCAACUCUGUCGCAGCGGUCAUUGAAGCCGGCGAGCCCGGCGUAGUCGAAAACGCCGAGGGCGCCCGCCUCACCCCUUCCGUUGUGGCCCUGAACACUCGAACCGGCGAGCGGUAUGUGGGUCAGGUGGCAAAACGCCAGGCGGUUACCAACCCUGAGAACACGCUCUUCUCGGUCAAGAGGCUCAUGGGACGUCGCUUCGACGACCACGAGGUCAUGGGCGCCGCCUCCAAGCUGCCUUACCAAGUCGUGCAGGCGGCAAACGGUGACGCGCACGUCAAGAUGGGCGACGACACCUAUGCUCCGCCGCAGAUCUCGUCAUUCGUGCUGCAGAAAAUCAAGCAGGAUGCAGAAGCCAAGCUCGGCGAGCGGAUAACCCAGGCAGUCAUCACGGUCCCAGCCUACUUCAACGACUCGCAGCGCCAGGCAACCAAGGACGCAGGGACCAUCGCUGGACUGGAAGUGCUGCGCAUCAUCAACGAGCCAACUGCUUCCUCUCUGGCCUACGGGCUGGACAAGACCCGGUCCGACGCCAACAUCGCGGUGUUCGACCUUGGCGGUGGCACCUUUGACAUCACCAUCCUCCAGAUGGGCGAGGGCGUGUUUGAGGUGAAGUCGACCAACGGCGACACCUUCCUCGGCGGCGACGACUUCGACCAAGCCAUCCUAGAAUGGCUGAUCACGGAGUUCCGGCGCGAGACGGGCAUCGACCUGUCCAGUGACCGGAUGGCCCUGCAGCGCCUCCGCGACGCGGCGGAGCGCGCCAAGGUCGAGCUCUCCAGCGUGGUGGAAACGGAGAUCAACCUGCCCUUCAUAACCGCCGAUGCCAGCGGCCCGCAGCACCUGGUCAAGUCGCUGACUCGCGGCCGGUUUGAACAGUUGGUGACCGGCCUCAUCGAUCGGACCGCCGGUCCCUGCCAGCGCGCACUGGCCGACUCCGGCCUCUCGACCAGCGAGAUCGAUGAUGUCAUCAUGGUCGGCGGCAUGUCCCGCAUGCCGGCCGUCCAGGAGAAGGUCAAGGAGAUCUUCGGCAAGGAGCCCAACCGCAACGUCAACCCGGACGAGGCCGUCGCCCUCGGCGCGGCCAUCCAGGCGGGCGUGCUCGCCGGAGAGGUCGGCGACAUCGUGCUGCUGGACGUUUCUCCCCUCACCCUGGGGCUGGAGACGCUGGGCGGCGUGAUGACGACCCUGAUUCCUCGCAACACGACCAUUCCGACCAAGAAAAACGAGACAUUCACCACGGCCGCAGACAGCCAGACCACGGUGGAUAUUCACGUGCUCCAAGGGGAGCGCACCAUGGCGGGAGACAACAAGUCCAUCGGCCGGUUCAUGCUGGACGGGAUUAUCCCGGCCCCCAGGGGCAUUCCCCAGAUCGAGGUGACCUUCGACAUCGAUGCCAACGGCAUCCUCAGCGUAUCCGCCCAGGACAAGGGCACGGGAAAGGAGCAGCGCAUCGUCAUUCAGUCCGGUUCCGGCGUGGACAAGUCCGACAUCGAGCGAAUGGUGGACGAGGCCCGCCAAUACGAGGCCGACGACCAGAAGCGCCGCGAAGAGGUCGAGACCCGAAACCAGGCUGACUCAAUGGUCUACCAAGCCGAGAAGCUCCUCAACGACAACGCAGACAAGGUCCCCCAGGAGUUGAGGGCCGAGGUCCAGAGCAAGAUCGACGCCCUUCGGGCAGCCUCCGCGUCAGGCAACCUCACCGAAAUGCAAACGGGGAUCAACGAGUUGAAUGCUGCGCUGCAGAGCCUGGGUGAAGUGAUCUACAGCCAGAACGCCGGGCCCGGACCCGGAGCCGGAGCCCCCGAAGCCGGAGGAAUGGACGACGGCCCGUCGGACGAUGCGGGCACCGUUGAGGGUGAAUUUCCGCGAGGUCUAAGUGCGGUGGCACGCUCUGGAGCUGGGGAGAAAGAGGCGUCUGGCCCACCUCCCCGGCACUAA